ACAACGCAUCAUGUAACACUUCCGGUUCCGUCUUGGCCUUCAGCUGUUGUUUACAAACAAAGAGAGUCACUAUGUCAGAAACUCAACAACUGAAUAACAUAUUUGAUAAACAUUUAGGAAAUAAUUUUAAAGAAACAUCUUAUGACUCCGUGUUCAACUAUUUUGAUACAAACAGUGAUAGUAAUCUGGACAGAACAGAAUUUCAAGUUUUAAUUGAACAACUGGCUGUCUCUGAGGAUAGAGGCCCUACUGAGGACGAUGUCAACUCUAUUUUUAAUGCUCUUGACCUAAAUCAGGAUGGUCUCAUUAGCCGUGAGGAAUUUAGUUUUGCUUGGAAGUAUUGCAUCAAACAGAUCUUGAAGCCUGUAAAGGCUUUAGUGGUUGUGGAUGUACAGAAUGAUUUUAUUACAGGUACACUGUCUUUGCGUGAAUGUCCAGCUGGUCAAGAUGGUUAUGCUGUUGUCCCAGUCAUCAACUCACUUUUAGAACCCAAUUUGUUUGAUGUAGUUGUCUACACAUUAGACUGGCAUCCUGACAACCACAUUUCUUUCAUUGACAAUGUAUUGUUACGGAAGUUACAUCCAUCUUCAAAGGUCAGUGCGGAAGAAGCUAACAUACAAGACAAAGUUAUUUUUGAUGUAGAUGGCUCAUCAAGAGAGCAAGUGAUGUGGCCCCGACAUUGUGUCCAGAAGACAACUGGAGCAGAGCUUCACCCAGAUCUCAAGAUUGUCAAUGAGGCACUGUAUGUAAAAAAGGGAAAUAACCCUGAUGUUGACAGCUACUCUGCAUUCUGGGAUAAUUGCAGAUUGUCACAAACCAACUUAGCCUCUUUGUUGGGAGAGCGCCAUGUCACAGAUGUUUAUGUUUGUGGUCUAGCUUAUGAUGUGUGUGUUGGUUUCACAGCCAAGCAUGCACUGAAGCAUGGUUUUAAAACUGUUCUUAUUGAAGAUGCCAGCCGGGGUGUUUCAUUGGAUGGUAUUUAUAAGAUGAAAAGUGACCUCAUCAGAAAAGGAGCCCACAUAGCUGAUUCUGAGCAGGUUCCUAGGCUGACCAGUGGAGAACUCCGACCAUUUUGUUUCAUUCAAAAAGCUGCUAUGAAUUAUAAAGUUGCCCUGGAGCUGAGCAUAAAUAAUAACAAGUGAUACUGUCAAACAAUUAUUAUCAGAAGCCUUAGAUUUAGAAUUUUUUUUUGGAACCAUCUAUCUGUUUUUACGUGUAAAACUAGACACAAUGUCUUUACAUAUAUCAAAAAAUACAAAUUGUGAAAACUAUUGUUUAGAUAAUAUUUAAACAAACUCAACAAUUAUAUAUGGAGAUUUUUUUUUAUCCAUUAUUCUACAAAUGUUGUUCUGAUCUAUACAAAAUGAUGCUUUAAUUUUGUUUACAGUAUAUUUUUUUUAAGGAUGAAUGCUUUUUAGCUUCAUGGAAAAACUUUUCAAGAUUAGUCCCCUCCCUUCCCUUAUGACUAUGUGGGAAACAACCAGUAUCGGAUGUGUUCAUAAAUGUUCAAAUAUUUAUUUUGUUCAAUUUUGUUUUCUUGGUUAAUCCCUGUGACACUCUUCAAGUCCUGAGAUAUUUCUAUCAACUGCUGAUUUAAAUGCUGAAGUCUAAUUUUGUAUAUAUUGAUGAUUGUUUUGGCAAGAACUACUUUAACUCAAAUGUAGGGAAAUAGUUGAAUUAUUAGAAAAACAACCCAUUAUUGUUUCUAGAUGAGUUUGAAAUGAAUAAAAGGCUGCUCAUGUAUGCAGUGAGCUCUCCUUGUUGGAAGUAGUUAAAAAUCAAAAUCACUUUCAUUUUGAAAUCAAAACAUUAAGUUGUACAACUGCUUGAUUCAUUUCUAAAUCAAGAUUGUCACAUCUUAUUAUUUGAAGAAGUUAUUUCAAUAAGAAUAAUAUUAUAGUAGGCCUACUUAUAACAUUGUAUUAGAAUUCUGUCCUUGAGUGAGAUUUUUUUUCUUUGAGUUUCAUUUGGCAACUGUAAUUGUCUAGCAGCUUCUAUCAGUCAAUUAGCAAAAGUUUAGGAGCUUCUCUUAUUCCAUUAGCAAAAGUUUAGGAGCUUCUAUCAGUCAAUUAGCAAACAUUUAGGAGCUUCUCUUAUUCAAUUAGUAUAUAGAUUAGGAGCUUCUUUCAUUUACUGUUGCAAAUGUCACUGUAUCUUGUGAUCUAUGUGGCAGCUUAUGUAAAGGUCAUCUGUGUCUGUGGCCUAUAAUGACUAACCAUCUUUACUUUUCCUCAAAUAAUGUCAGGUAUUCAGAGUUAGGGGCUUAGGUAGGCACACUAAAAUCCCAAAUCCCAGUUAUCACCCAGAUUUCAAACCUGAAAUCCCUGAAUACAGAAGCUAAGUCAUUUACCACUCAGCCAUCAUGACACCACUGUCACUGUUGCAUCUCCGAAAUUCCAAAAUGUUUUCCCUAUUAGUCGUUUCAGAGGCGUCAAAUAGUUUUAAGGAAACCUUCUGUGAGUUCUCUUCAAACCACAUCAUGUUGAGGUGGGCUUAGUCUGUAAAAACAUACACAAAAAACUAACAAAAAAUAGAUUUUUUUAAAACUAAUUUUUUAAAUUGUUGUCUAAUGUUGGAUUAAUCAAUAUUUAUUUUAUGACUCUAUUUCUGUCAGUUCUUGGAAUGCUUCAGCUCAUUUGAUUACAAAACAUACAAUUGAAACAAUUUACAGAACCAAAUUUGGACUCUUAAAAUUAAAAAUACUCUUUUACAAUAUAUUAUAGAUAUAAAUAUAUACGAUUUGUUUAGAUAUUAGUAGUUCAAUGGUAUGAAGAGAAAGUCCAAGUAAUUUCCAUCUAAAUAUUAGUAGUUUGAUGGUAGAAGAGAAAGUCCAAGUAAUGUCCAUCUAAAUAUUAGUACUUUGAUGGUGUGAAGAGAAAGUCCAAGUAAUGUCUAUCUAAAUAUUAGCACUUUGAUGUUAUGAAGAGAAAGUCUAAGUAAUGUCUAUCUAAAUAUUAGCACUUUGAUGUUAUGAAGAGAAAGUCUAAGUAAUGUCCAUCUAAAUAUUAGUAGUUUGAUGGUAUGAAGAGAAAGUCCAAGUAUUGUCCAACUUAAUAUUACUUUGAUGGUAUGAAGAGAAAGUCUAAGUAAUGUCCAUCUAAAUAUUAGGUACUUUGAUAAUAUGAAGAAAAAGUCAAAGUCUAGGAGAGUGCUUCUCCUGUUUCAAGAAUGUGUAUAUGAGAACAUUAGAAACCAUGGCUAUAGUCAUUUCCAUUUGCAUUUGUGAUAUUUUUUUUAAGCUUGCAUAGGUAAAAAAAAAUAUAAAAAUAUUUAUUAUUAUUUUUUAGUAAUGCAUUGUAGUAUUAUAAGAAACCUUUUUGAGAAAGUGAUAUAAGUUAUUCUUUUGUCCUGUUUUUUCCCACACCAAAUUUCUUUACAAUCUAUGCACUGAAUGCAUUUAUCUUAUUUUUUAUUUUCUAUUGUAUCUAAAUCUAAGAAGUAAUGCAGUUGGUUGCUAUACACUGAAAACAUUCCCACUAGUCAUUAUACUGAAACAUUUUAUUAUUCAGAAACAAAAUAUAUUUUGUUCUGUAGAGAAGAACCUCUGCUGUUAUAUGUAUUGAAUGUUCUUAUGUUGAAAUAUUUCUAUUGUAUCACAGACUAGUAUCUGAAGCAAUACUUACUUUGCUUACUUUACACAUUAAUAAUAAUCUUGUACAUAUUGUUUUGAUUGAUUUGUAGAAUCAUCCGCAUUUAGUUUAUUUUUUUUUGGGUUUGAGAAAUUGGUGUAUAAAAGUAUAAACAAUUUUUUUUUCAGACCUAUACAUGUAAAAUAUUAUGGUUGUCAGUGCAGACAUUUUGGCAAUGAUUUAUUUUGACUCUAGGUACCUGCAGCUGAAUAUUUAUACACAUUGAUCAUCUGGUUUUCCAAUAUUAUAUAAAUUUAGUCAUUUAAUAGCAUUUGCUUUGUUACAAAACUGAAACAUUUUUCUUCUUAUUUAACAAAAUUUAAAGGAUUGUAUAAGCAAUAUAUCAGUCUUAAACAAAGAAAAUCAUAAAAUAAAACACUUGAGUUUUACUUAUUUGUGUGUGUUUUCAACUAUUUUAAUCAGUUUAGAAAUUAGAACUAAAUUUUGGAAGCAGUCAAACUAGUUUAUCUGUUAUGUAUUUAUUUUUAAUUAAAUACAUUUAAAAAAAUAUUUUUUUACAACUUUUCAGCACAGCUGUAUAAAUUAGUAUUUUAUAUUUGCAUCUAUCAUAGAGUUUUAAAGAGAGGCCUUCCUGUUUAUUCAACACAUUGACUGUAUUUCAUAUACCUUUUUUUUUGUUUCCAUUUGAUUUGAGUGAAGUCCUAACACUAUUCUUUCAUUCUGUUACUUGUUUCAUUCUUGAAUGUGUUCUUGGCAGGUGUUGAAAACAAAUUUUCAGACUUUCUUUUGAAAUGUCAUGCCUGUAUUUCUAUUAAUCGGUCACAACAAAAAUGAAAUAAACAUGAUUUAAAAAAAGAAA